AGCCGCGCUGCCCCGGGUGCGCAGCGGGCCGCGGCCGGGCGGCGGCGGCAUCACGCGGCGGAGCUGCGGCGGAAAAUGGCUGCUGCGAGGAAACUGCAACAUGCUGCAGCAAAUGUCAGCUUCGGUGCCCUUCAUUAGGCUGCCUUACAGAAGCUGAAUUUUUUUCAGGGAACUUACCAUAAGUCUUAAUAAUGAUAAACAGAGAAGAGAAAAGGAAUGAAGAGACAAGAUUAAAACAAAACUGUUGGCUCUCAGCUGAGAUUUGACCUCAGAAGGAGAACCCAGGAGGUGGAGAGACAUAGGAAGCUAUUUCAAAGAAGAGGAAGUGAAAGAAGGUAGUGUCUGUGUGAUAAGAAAACCAUUUAACAAUGAAAAAAUUCACUCUCUUUGAUUUUGUAAAUGAUAAUUCACUGCAAAUUGGAGAGACUUCAUGGAUACAGGAUCUUCCCAGUGAUGACAAUGAACUAGAAAGACUCCUGAAACCAAAUGAGCAUGUGCUAGUAAGCUGGCCUGUGGGAGAAAGACAGACAGAAAAGCACCUAGUGAAAGUUGUGUACAUGAGUGAUGACCCUCAAGAGCUGGUGGAAAUGAUGCAAAAGAUAUUGCAGGCAGAUGAAAUGACAAAAAUACAAGUCCUUGGAAAAGACAAAAGGAAGAGGAUAGAAAUGAUAUUCUCAGAAAGUGAAGACAGUGAUCUGGAUAAGGAACAGGGGAAAAUGGUGAAGCAUAUAAAAAGGAAGAAAUCGUUACAGCCAUCCACCCCUGCCAACAUCCUGAGUCAACUUGAAACAUCUUUAAUUAACAAACAGAUAGACCAUUUUAUUUUUUUUCAGAGAGAAUCAUAUUCAGGAAACAACUUUUUGUACAGCGAAAGUAGCAGCGAUGAUGAAGAGCCUUUAUUUCAACUGUCCAAGGUGGAAUUGUGUGCCAAAAUAAAAUGUCUCAAGAGAAAACUGACAGACACCAUGAGAGAAAACUGCCGCCUGAGGCAGUCCCUGGUGAUGCUUCAAGUGUUGCCACAGGCAGUCACUCAUUUUGAGGAACUGGUAGGGAUGGCUGAAGCACUGCUCAAAGGGGGAGUGACAACAUCUGCGUCUAGCCUUCGUUCACACACUGUUUGGAAAGCGUCUAACAAUUCUCUAGCAGAUUCCUAUGCAAGUAUGCAUAGUAACUCCAGCUCACCUGUAACUAUGAAUGUGGAAGAUGAGGAGCAACAGAUUGAAAAACAGUUCAAGAUCGAAAAGUGGCAGAUUGCACUUUGUAACAAGAGCAAACCUCAAAAGUUUAUAAAUGACUUGAUGCAAGCACUUUAUACACAUGAAUACAUGGCUACGCACAGCCUGACAGGUGCAAAGUCCUCCUCUUCAAAGGAUAAAGCAGCAAAACCAGCUAUGAAUCAGAAUGAAGUUCAGGAAAUCAUAGGAAUCACAAAGCAGUUGUUUCCAAACACAGAUGAUGCUUUAAUUAGGAGAAUGAUGGGACAAAAACUAAACAACUGCACCAAGAAGCCAAUUUUAAGCAAAGAUCUUAACUCAGGUGCUUUUCAGAAGCAUGGCUUUUGUGGUUCAACAGCUGCUCCUCAGGGCAUCAUGCCUUUGGCUCUUCCUCCCAGCACACAAGACCAGCAGGAUGAUGAUUCACCAGCUGCAAAUGCACAAAUUCAGCAAAGCCACAGCUGUCUGACUCCCUCAUCUCCCACCACCCAAGGGCUGCAGGAGGGUGUCACACCUACUUCUUCCAGCCUCGAGACUCAUCCCUUGAGAAGCUCACCAGCGCCCUCUCCCAACCUGCAGACAGGAUCUCAGGAAUUCAGACAAGGAGUAACAGAAGGUAUUUGACAGCAGUUCAAGCUCCCUAUGGAGACUGAGGAAUAGUAUAAAGUUAAAUAGACAGAAAUAGUAUUUAAUGGGCCUGGCAUCAGUGGACAAAAAUACUGCAAGCAGAAUCCAAGCCUGUGAGCCAUUUUCUCAAAUCUCACAGUAUAGAAAAAAUUAAGGUGUAUGAAUUUCUUUGGCUUUAAAAUAUUACUAAAUAUUUGCAUGUUAUACUGUAAUCUGAAAAAUAUAAAUUUGUUCAGAAGAACACAAGAAGGGUUCCCCUUAGUUAGAUAAACAGCACAUAAUGCCAAAAUAAAGUAUAAGAGGAACUUGAAUCCCCUUGCAUUCACUUUGAUAGCUGAUGGAAAAGCACUUUUCAGAUCUGAAAAAGUUAUUGCAUAUUACUACAAAAAAGUUACAGAGGUAUGCAAACAAGGCAGUAAGUUUUCCGAGAUAAGUGAAAGCUGUGACCAGCAUAGGGUUGAAAAGCAAGGAAUCACAUGAGCAGAGAAGAUAAAAACACAGAUAUUUAAUGAUCCUGUUCAACUGAGAAGAAAAUACUCUUAGGGCAAUGAAACUGCAGCUACCAAGAUGUGUGUAAGAAACAGUUCAUUUUUAAGCUCUAAAAUCAGAAAAGGCAAGGAAAGAAACCAUGUUCCUUCUUAGCUCAGGGAAAGGUGCUCCAAGAUAGCCUGUUUGGCUGGGGAGGCCAUGGCCUCUCUCACUGGCCUUUUGAGGCAGGUACUUCAGUUUGGCAGCUCCCACUGUCUCUUCUUUCCCUAACAUCAACUCCACAGCCUGCGAGUGCCUACUCCCUUCAAUUGGUAAAUGGAGCAACUAGAAGGUACAAAGGGACCAGAAAAGAGCAAAGAUGCCAGCUCCUACUCCCUGUAUCUAGAUUUUGGGAUGCUACCUUUUGGUUAAGGUGGUUCUAAUGGGGUUUGUACCAGAAAUCCCUCAGCAACAUGGCAGUUCCUCUGGAGAUCUGACACCACUUGACUCAGUGGGGCAGCUGGCAUGCCCUGUAACUGCCUGGAAGGAGGAAGGCAGAUACAUUUUCCCCCACUUCUGCUUGUAGUUUUACUUUUGACUGUUUCCAGGUUUACAGUGUGCUUUUAGGGUGGGAAGUAGAGACCACAGCUAUUAACAACAGUUAAAUAUAUUUUAUACUUGGCAAACAAGCAAGAAAUGAAUGAAGAUUAAAAAAAAACAUGAAAAUGAAGAAAUUUAGCUUGAUUUGAGGAGAGACAUAGCUGAACUAGAAAUAAAUUAGAAGUAGUAUUGGGGUGAAUGCCAGAAAAACAAUUUUGAGGACAAGGCUAGCAGCUGGAUACCUCUCAAGAGAGAUGCUGCAAGCCUUAAUUUUAUUAGAACAAUGCACUAAUAAAAUGCACUGAAGAGAAGACUUUUGAAUGGGCAGGGGCAUGGAUUAAGUGAUCUGUUAGCCUUUUUCAUCCCUCAUGUAGGAUUGUAUAUAGGAUUAGGAUGAAAGCAGAUACAACAACAUGACACAAGCUCUAUCUCAUGUUCUUUACUAUCAUCCAUAAAAUGUAACAGAAGAAUGUUUGCCAUUAUGUAUAUUUUGUAUAGGUACCUGUAUCUAUAACAUAUAUGAAUGUAUAUAGUUAACCCAUAUUUUUGAA